GGGGGACGAGACGAACGCGUCGCAGAGAGGCCGGCCGGGACUCAGACGACGGCAUUGUGGCCACAUGCGGGUCUCUUUUCUCUACGAGCGGCGUUGAUGCUCCCUGCCAUCUCAGAUGUUUAAAAAACCCAAACCCCUCCUCCUGCUGAACUUGUGAGGAUUCAGAUAGUUCUGUUUCCCAUGCCUGGUACCGCGUAGAUCCCUCCAUUCAAGCUGGUCCAGCUGUGAGACCAUGGGUUCGUUCCCGGAAAGCCCGACCAGCAUCCGGUCCCUCAACAGAGACACGGGCUUUCCGGAGCCGUUCUGUGGCAGUCGUAACACCACUCUUCCACACCCGGACGCGGACCUCUCCCCGGAUGCCUGCAUCUCCGACGACAACAUCGCCGCGCACCGCGUCUUGUCACGGCAUCGACCGUCUUUCCUCAUCAAGCACAAGCACACCAUCAGCCACGGUAUGAUCACCCCGGCGAUGGAACGUCGGCACGGCGACCCGACUCUUCUCGAGGAGGAGGAACUUGCCACCGUGGACAGCCAGCGCAGCCGACGAUCCACGCGGGACGGCAACGAGAGCAUCAUGUCGACCGAGGGUUCCAGCCGCGGCGGCUCGGGGGGGUCGCACUCACACAGCAUGGACGGCCGCAGCCCGAAGUCAAGGGGGAGCAUUUUCCGCAGGCUGAUCCACCACUAGACGGCACCGGGCAUCGGCACUCGUUUUGGAUUUGGUGUUGGCAUACUAGCAACUGGAGUUUGGAGGCUUGCGCACUCGGGACAAAAAAAAAUGGCGACGCUGGUAUCCUUCGGCCAUUGGACAUCACUCAUUCUUCAGGCCUGGAGCGAUUUUCCCCUUUGUUUGAGCAUGGAGUUUUCGGUUCAUUUUCCUGGACGACGAUGACGAAUAUUAUGACC